AUGGAGUGUCCCACGUGCAACAACGAAAUCAGUGCAUUCCUGGGUUCCUUUGUACUCAUCCUACUAGGCAUUGCAGCGUAUCGUGUCUAUAGCUAUGACAAAAAUGAAAAGGAGAAUCGAUUGAAAAUUGAAAGAUUUUUAGAGGAGUACAGAGCGCUCAAGCCAAGCAGAUAUUCUUAUGCAGACAUUAAGGGGAUUACAGAUCAAUUUAAGGACAAGUUAGGAGAAGGAGCCUAUGGAACCGUUUAUAAAGGGAAGCUUUCUUCUGAACUCUUUGUUGCUGUGAAAGUCCUCGACAGUUCUAAGGGAGCUGGGGAAGAUUUCAUAAACGAAGUGGGAGCGAUGGGUCAUAUCCACCACAUCAACGUAGUUCGCUUGGUUGGGUUUUGUGCUGAUGGAUUUAGACGAGCUCUUGUAUAUGAGUUCUUGCCCAAUGGUUCGCUGCAGGAUUUCAUUUCAUCAGCAGAUAACAAAUAUUGUUUCCUUGGUUGGGAUAAGUUGCAAGAUAUUGCUCUAGGCGUAGCCCAAGGAAUUGAAUAUCUUCACCAAGGAUGUGAUCAUCGAAUCCUUCAUUUUGAUAUCAAACCACAUAACGUUUUGCUAGACUACAACUUCACUCCAAAACUUUCAGAUUUUGGUUUGGCUAAGUUGUGUUCCAAGGACGAAAGUAUUGUGUCAAUGACUACAGCUAGGGGAACCAUGGGCUACAUUGCACCUGAAGUGUUCUCCAGGAACUUCGGAAAGGUGUCUUAUAAGUCAGAUGUCUAUAGUUUUGGAAUGUUAUUGCUUGAGAUUAUACGAGAAGGAGAAGACCCACGAAUCCAUUUUGGAGAAGAAGGAGAUGAUGAAAUUCCAAUGAAACUCGCAAUUGUAGGGCUCUGGUGCAUCCAAUGGAACCCGGUUGAUCGUCCUUCCAUGAUUGCGGUGGUUCAAAUGUUGGAAGGAGGAGAAAAGUUAACAAAACCUCCUAAUCCUUUUGCGUCCACAGGUUCUACAAGAAGCUUUGCAACUGGGCCAUCAAGAAAUUCAAAUCUAGAGUUAGAAACAAUUGUUGAGUUAGAAUAA